AUGUCGUACGGGUCUAGAGAUUCGACCGUCUCACGCUCGCACGAGCCGGAGGACGCGGUACUCCCUGCGUCUCGGUACUCAGAGAACAAAAAAAGAGAUUACAGGGACUGGUUCCUAUCUGACAGCAACAAUACAGCGCAAGGAAGAGAUUCGGCAGUCUCACGCUCGGACGAGUCGAAGGACUCGGCGGACACUGAUUCUCGGGACUCGGAGAACUCGGAGACCGCUUUCGACCACCGGUUCCAACCGGACGACAAUGAUGCAGCAGACUACGACGGACCGACGCAGCCGGACAAGACACCGCCCUACGUUCCCGACCCGACGCUCUGGGGCUGCCUGCAGCCUCUGGGCCACGAGCAGGAGACGAUCUGGUUUAGCAGGUCGGAGCAGGUGUAUCACUUCGGACGGGAGGUGGACACGGAGGACCGGUCGAACUAUGUCAGAUUGAGGGGAAGCAACAUCAGUAAGUCGCCGACAGGGAAAGCCCACUGUGAGAUUCAGUGGGAUGUGAUGCUUUCGGGGGCGCACUCUGUGGUGCUCAAAGACGGGGGAUCAGAAAACGGUCGCACUUGGGUCAACCAGAGUAUGGUCGCACAGAAUAGCUCCCAAGCCGUGGAUCACGGCGAUGAGGUUGCUUUCGGAACACCGGAACAGCCGAAACCCGGCGAAGAGCUCAUCUCGGACCACAGAUACGUUUUUCGCUUCGUCAAGCCCCGGAAAGAGGACAACGGUGAGCUCUACAAGAAGUAUAACUUGUUCGAAGAGCUGGGAAAGGGAUCUUUCGGUAACGUCAUCAGGGUGAGACUCAAAGAGGGGCCGAAGGAUGGCGAGAAGGAGAAGAAUUACGCAGCUAAGGUUGUCCGCAAGGGAAAUGUACGGAUGGUAUCGUGGGAUGCGACUCUAGGCGAGGAUGGCGGUGAGCCGGAGACUCAGAUAGAGCGCGAGGCUGCCAGUAUGAAGAAGCUCGGCAGACACGCUCAUAUCUGUCAUCUGGAGGAAUUCUUCUCUGAAGAACAUUGGCUGGCUUUAGUGAUGGAGUUCAUAGAUGGUGGCGACCUCCGGCAGUAUAUGCAGAAGCACCACAAGGGCAACUCAAUCGGGGAACACAAGGCGUCAUUCUUUACGUACCAGAUCUGCGACGGACUCGCGUUCAUGCACAGGCAGAGGAUUGCACAUCGCGAUCUGAAACCCGAGAAUAUCCUCCUGACAACCGAGGAUCCGCCACGGGUGAAGAUCGCAGACUUCGGGCUUUCUACGGCGGUCGGCGAGGCCGCUUUACUCGUUACUUAUUGCGGAACCCCUGCGUACAUCGCUCCAGAGGUGAAGAUCCGCGGCAGUGAAGGCUACGACAUGCUGGUAGACAGCUGGUCUGUCGGAGUCAUGACGUCUGAGAUGGUUACCUCGCCUCGUCGGAUUCCUUUCAAUAUUGGUCACGGGACGCCACAGAUUCUCUGGGGUAUAUUCGGGGGCCUCAGCGGGAAUGCCCGACGUUUCGUUGAAGAGCUUCUACAGAUAGACUCGCAGCAACGUAUGAACAUGGCUCGGGCAUGUGACCAUCCCUGGCUCGCCGUACCGCGGCGUCUCAUGGCGCGGAGGCUGGAGCUCGUUUCAGACGCCGGCGGACGAACAACUAGCGAGCAAAACCGCGACUCAGGAAUAGAUGCCGACGAAGAGAUGGACGCCAUCGAGGCGGCUCUUUACCAGUUCUUCCACCUGGGGAUUCAUAGCGAGCUGCUAGGCAGCGCCUCUGGGGAGGCUAUCGCCGAUACCAUUGACGACGCCCGCCCUUUCGCAUUAGACGGCUCCCCAACGGCGAGUCAAUAUGUGGUAGCAGGUUCUGAUAUGACCUCGGCGGACGUCAGUACCGCGGACACUUCGCAGGCGCGAAGGCGCACCAGAAGUUCUGCCAUACUCAUGUGUCGAAGAGAGCCCGAUUCUCCCGCGGCACCUCGGCAAGUGAGAUAUUGGAGGGCGGUGACAUGCUGUCACCCGGCGAAGGAAACGACCUAG